UACUUCGAUGAUGAGCUGUCAGAGGAGGAGGAGGUUGAUUUCAUGUGCGGCAUGUAUUACACGGAUAACAACAAGAUCUCUUGGUGGCCCAGACCUCAAGCCUGGGCUGCCUCAGGGUUGAAUGUGGGGUUCUGGUCCACGCAAUGUGGAGAUCAGUUCCAAAAAUAUCUCAACAACAUCUGA